AUCCUCACCCUGUAACCAUGCGCUCCUCCACCCUCUGCCUUGCCGUCCUGGCUUCCCUCUCCUCCGCCUCGGCCCUCAACACCUUUAGAGCCCCCGCCGACAUCGUGGUCGUUGUCCGCCAAGACGAUGAUGUGGCCCAUGGCGACCAGGCUGACGACGAUGCCUGGAAGGCAGAGAGUGACCUCCUAGGGCCCGAGGAGAUCGAUCGCCGUUUCGACUUUGGCGGUUUUGCUUCCAGUGUCAAAGACAGGGCGACUUCAUUCGCCACAGGAGUAAAAUCGCAGGCCACCGAUGCGGCGUCCUCUUUCAAGAGUGCUGGUACAUCAGUGGCCUCGGACGUAAAGAGUGACGCGACUUCAGCUGCCACUGAUUUCCAAAGUGCUGGUACGGAUAUAGCCUCUUCUGUAAAGAGCGCUGCCACGUCUGGCGCUUCAUCUGUCCAGAGCGCCGCGACUUCUGAGGCAUCGGAUAUCAAGAGUGCCGCAACCUCUGGCGCAUCCGACGUGAAGAGCGACGCGACAUCGGCCGCCUCUGAUUUCCAGAGCGCUGGGACAGCCAUCGCCUCUUCCUUCCAAAGCGCGGGCACAGCUUUCGCGAGCUCUCUCGUUUCUGGUGAUAAUGCAGUGCGCGACGAUUCCUCCUCUGUGACGAGCAGUGCAGGGAAUAUUGGAAGUGAAAUCAAGAGUCUUGCAACCAGCGCCGCUUCUCAGGCCGUCAGCGUAGCUACGAGCGCCGCCUCAUCAGUUCAAUCUGGUGCCCAGAGUCUCGCUUCUAGCGUCUCAUCCGGUUCGGGAUUUGCUUCUCCCAGCUCUGCAGCGUCGAUUAGCCGAGGUGUCCAGGCGGGAAUGAUGGGCUUGGUGAUGAGUGUGGGUGCGGCUGUUGUUGGUGCUGGCUAUGUGCUUGCGUAGAGAGGUUCUGGAAGUCUGCAAGUGAGGGAUACGAAUUUGAUACGAGACAAGUCAAUAAUGGGUACCAUGUAUUAACGAGAAUAUGGCUGAUGGUCAAAGCUCUUCAGAGCCUCUGAGAAUCAUGGAUACUAACAGGGUGGACUAUUAAGAGAAAAAGAGCACAGAAGACCAAGCGCUAAAGUCUGAUGGUUAGUCGUCACCGGUGACAGCCCGUUGCUGCUGGAUGCUGGUUUUGUCACCGGCGGUAACAAGCAAUGCAGAGCCAUGCUCAGCUCGCCGGGCCAGGCAAUCUUU